AUGACCGUCCGUGAUGCCAUCAACUCCGCCCUGGACGAAGAAUUGGCACGGGAUCCUGCGGUGUACAUCCUCGGCGAAGAGGUUGGCGAGUACCAGGGGGCAUACAAGAUCACUAGGGGACUGCUGCAGAAGUAUGGAGCGGACCGUGUUCGGGACACGCCCAUCACAGAGCGCGAGCGGCAGCAGCGGCGGCAGGUGCAGCAGCAGGGGCGGCGGCAGCAAUGGCAGCAGCAGCGGCAGCAGUGGCAUCGGCGGCAGCGGCGGCAACAGUGGCAGCGGCGGCAGCAUCAGCUGGAGCCACACGGCUUCACGGGCAUUGCGGUGGGCUCGGCUUUCGCGGGGCUGCGGCCGGUGUGCGAGUUCAUGACGUGGAACUUUGCGAUGCAGGCCAUCGACCAGAUCAUCAACAGCGCAGCGAAGACACUCUUCAUGUCUGCGGGCAAGAUUAACUGCCCGAUUGUCUUCCGAGGCCCCAACGGCGCGGCGGCGGGCGUGGCGGCGCAGCACUCGCAGUGUUUUGCGGCCUGGUACACGCACUGCCCGGGGCUCAAGGUGAUCUCGCCAUACGAUGCGGAGGACGCGCGCGGCCUGAUGAAGGCGGCCAUCCGGGACGACGACCCCAUCAUUUUCCUGGAGAACGAGAUCCUCUAUGGGCAGGCCUUCCCCGUAUCGCCCCAGGUCCUGGACAAGGACUUUGUGCUGCCAAUUGGCAAGGCCAAGGUGAUGCGGCAGGGGACGCACGUGACCAUCACCGCGCACUCCAAGAUGGUGGGCUUCAGCCUGGCAGCUGCCGAGAAGCUGGCGGCGGAGGGCAUCGAGGCGGAGGUCAUCAACCUGCGCAGCCUGCGGCCCCUGGACCGCCCCGCCAUCGCGGCCAGCGUGAAGAAGACGCACCACCUCGUCAACGUGGAGGAGGGCUGGCCCACCUGCGGCAUCGGCAGCGAGAUCUGCGCCGUGGCCAUGGAGGACAGCUUCGACCAGCUGGACGCCCCCGUGGGCCGCGUGACAGGCGCCGACGUGCCGACAGCGUACGCCACGGAGCUGGAGAAGGCGUCAUUCCCCUCUGUUGAUGACAUCGUCAAGGUCGUCAAGCAGACGCUCGGCAAGGCUUGA